UACUUGGAUUUCCAGAAUUACGUGCUGCGUGGAUCUGUGCACGGCAUCUCGGCCUUGGAACGGGCCAUUACCCUGUUUAACAGCAUCUCCCAGUGGGUGCAAGUGAUGAUACUCAAGCGUCCCACACCUCAGCAGCGAGCGGAAGUCUUCACCAAGUUCAUCCACGUGACCCAGAAAUUAAGGCAGCUGCAGAACUUCAACACGCUCAUGGCAAUCGUGGGAGGACUUUGCCACAGCACUAUUGCUCGCCUCAAGGAGACCCAUGCGCUUCUACCUUCCGAGGUCGCCAAGGUGCUGGCCGAAAUGACCGAAUUGCUCUCAUCUAGUGGAAACUACGGGGCGUACCGUCGGGCCUACGCCGAUUGCAAAGACUUCAAGAUCCCCAUUGUGGGAGUCCACCUCAAGGACCUGGUGACCUUACACGAAGCCCUCCCGGAUCGUGUAGAGGGUGGACGUCUCAACCUGAGUAAGCUGCAGAGCCUCUACGAGCCGGUGUGGGAAUUCCGGAUGCGGCAACGGGCUCAGCUGCCCUUCGAAGCCAACAAGGACCUGGUGCAUCUGUUGACGCUCUCCUUGGACCUCUACUACACUGAGGAGGAAAUCUACGCCCUCUCGUACUCUCGUGAACCUCGCUGCCUCAAAAUGCUGCCAUCCACCCAAUUCAAGCCUCCGGUGGUCGUAGAGUGGGCGCCCAGAGUAGCCACCAAGCCGGACCGUCUUGCCGUCAAGAGGCAUGUCCAGCAGAUGGUGGAG